AUGGCCGGGGUUGGCAAGGGGAAAAAUAAGAGAAAAAUGACCCAGGAAAGAAGCCAACGUGCUAAAAGGCCACGAAGGUGCAGUAUUAGCGGCGAGAUUCAACAGCGACGGCAACUAUUGCCUGAGCUGCGAGAUAACUCCAAGCUGUGCUCUUGCGUCGGAGACCGACAUAUUUUCUAUUGGGAUGUUUCCACCGAUCGUGUUAUUCGCAAGUUUCGCGGCCAUGAUGGCGAGGUGAAUGCGGUACAGCUUAACGAGUAUGCAUCUGUGGUAGUAUCUACAGGUUAUGAUAGGUCAUUGCGUGCUUGGGACUGCAGGUCUCACAGCACUGAACCCAUACAGAUAAUUGACUCGUUUUUGGACACUGUUAUGUCUGUUUGUUUAACCAAGACUUGGUCGGUGCGUGGCAGAAGUGAUUCUGUAGAAGAAAUAUCAGAUGACUUAGGGCAACCUGUCAACUGUUUCUCGAUGUCAAAUGACGGUAACUGUAUAUUAGCCAGUUGCUUGGAUUCACGUAUACGACUUUUAGACAGGUCCACUGGUGAACUAUUGCAGGAAUAA